AUGCCAACAGCAGUAGCAAAAACGGUUCUCAUUUCCCUAACCCUGAAGGAGUCUCCGGCUGAGUUGGGAAGAACGAGAGGGCUGCUACUUAGCAGAAGGCGCGCACAAGUCAGUGAACCGGAAGGUGCCCUGCAAGCAGCUGGCACCAAGACGGCCUGCCAGAGCGAGCCAGGCAGGGGCAGCGUGAAGAAGCCGCCCUGGUACCGGCCCAACACCAUGGCACUGCGGGAGAUCGCUGCUAUCAGAGGUCCACAGAGCUGCUUAUUCUCAAGUUGCCAUUCCAAAGGCUGGUGCGCGAGAUUGCACAGGACUUCAAGACCAACCAUGGUGCUGCAGGAGUGUGAGACCGACCUAUUGGGGCUCUUCCAGGAUACCAACUUUUGCGACAUCCAGGUCAAGCACAUCACCAUUAUACUCAAGGACAACCAGCUGGUGUGCCGCCUCCGUGGAGAGAGGGCAUAA